AUGGCUGCUCCAAGAUUGCCGUUCCUAUGGCCUAUGCUCUUUCAGCCAACCAAAUCGUCACGAGUAGGCGCGUCGAUAACGAAAGAACGUGCAUCGCCAUCGGUCUCCCGCACGCGACAAGCACGUCAUCUCACAACUUCGCCCCGCCGAUCGGAGCCACCGAGCACACAGCGAUAUGGAAAAGCAUAUGAGCAUGCAGCUCCGGCAUUGGACCAAGAGCCCCCAAAAGAGCCUCAAGAAAAGGAGCCUGUGUCCAAUGAGAAACCCCCGCAAGACCCCGUUCACGAACACGAAGAAGUAGAGGAAGAUGCGCCAACAGCAACAACGAGUCCAAACACGCCUACUCAAGCAAGCGCAACAGAAGAACCCACCCCGCCGACAACGCCGGCACCGGAUCCUCCCAAGAAGAGCGAUACAAAACCCGUCGACAGCGUCCUGCACAUCCCCACCGCCGCUGAAGAAGAGUCGCACAAGGCACCGCACCUGAAGACACCGCCAUAUGUCCACCACUUCGAUACCUACGGCCUCGUGCGCAAGCUCUCGCAGUCCUCAUACACCCCCGAGCAAUCCAUCACCAUAAUGAAAGCCGUGCGACAAACCCUUUUGGACAACAUGGAGUUGGCGCGUAAGGAGCUCGUCAGCAAGAGUAACGUGGAAAAUGAAACAUACCUCUUCCGAGCCGCGUGUAGCGAACUGAAGACGGAGAUAGGCAACGCGAAGAAAGGCGAGAUGGAGAGGAUGCGCACGGAAAGAGGGCAAUUGCAACACGAGGUCGAUAUCCUGGGGCAGAGACUAGGACAAGAGACGACACAUCUCAGAGACGAGCUUAAGGGGCUUUUCGACGACAGGAAGAUGGCUGUAAGGCAGGAACAGAGGGUUAUGGAGACCAAGAUCCAAGAACUCAACUAUAAAAUCACUGUUGCGCUCAACUCAGACGCGCGAUCCGAGGUCGAAGGCGUCCGCUGGGUGCUCACACGCCGCGCAGCCAUCACAGUCGGUGUCAGUGCGUUUAUGCUCUUCGUUGCGCUACGCUAUACGAGCUAUGUGCAGCACCAGCUACAGGAGGAGAAGAGAAACAGACCCCCGCCGCAUCGACCGAGUCCACUGGAGAAUUUGGCGGAUGGCACGACGACGGCGAGUAGACCGGUUGUGGAUGUUGCGAGUCCUACUCAAGGGGAUGCACUGGGUGGAGAGCUGCUGGCUACGGAGGGUGUGUCAUUAGGCUAG